AUGGUGGAAGAGCAGCUGAAGCAGGCUGAGGCCUUCAAGGAGGAAGGAAAUCGCUUCCAUGCAGAAGGCAACUACAAGCGCGCCCUCGGAGCCUACCACAAGGUCUUUUGCUUCGUGAAUGGCCUCACCCUGCCGCCCGCGGGCCAGGAAAACAACCAGCAGGAGCCGCCAGUUGCUGGCAGCAAUCAGAUCCCGUUCGACCGCGUCGAGGAUGUGAAGCGGCUGAAGCAGGCCACCCGCCUAAACAUGGCUGCCUGCUAUUUGAAAGUGGGAGACUUCCACAAGUGCGUGGAAGCCUGCGCUGGAGCACUGGACUUCGGUGCCAACAGCAAGGCGUACUUCCGACGGGCACAGGCAAACAUGGAGCUCCGAAACUGGAGCGACGCAGUGACUGACCUCGAGAAGGCACGGUCGAUGGCGCCCGAGGACACCGGCAUUCUGACAAAUCUGCGGACUUGCCGGCGCAACAUGAAGCAGGGCGAUGCGGAGGAGCGGCAGCGUUAUGCUGGUAUGUUUGGCAGUCCAGCCGCCGACAGCCCGGUGGAGGCUGCAGAGACCGUGGCGGAGGCGGCGCCCCAGCAGGCGCCGCCGGCUGCGGAAAAGGAGGCGAAGCAGGAAGAGGAGGUUCCCAGCGCGCCGCUGGCGACUCCGACCCCUGCGCGUGCAGAGCGCCGUUCCGAGGCUCGAGACCUCGGCGAGGCCCACGAUGAGGCCAAGAAGCUGGAUCGCGCCGUGAGGGAACUUACCUACGCCUGGCAGCAGACAGACGACGAGGUGAAAGUCUAUGUGUCCUUCGACCAGUCGGAUGACCUCUCCGAUGUGAAGGACUCGCAGGUGCAAGCAGAGUUUGGUGAGUGGAGUGCCAGCUUGCUCAUCAAUGUGGAAGGGGGCGUGCCCUUUGGCCUCCGCCUGGCAGAUUUCCACCGCCGAGUUGACCCCGCCAGGUGCAAGUGCACUGUGCGAAGCAGCAGGAUAACUUUGAAGCUUGUAAAGCAAGAGUCGGAGCACUGGUGGAAUUUUCUGCAGAAUUCCUCCCCUGGAUAG